AUGGCUAUCGAUUGGCAACCAUACACCGAGGAUGUUAUCAGCCAGCUACAUCCUUAUUUUUUGGAUGGUGCUCAGUUCUGGCGUGCUCGCGUGCCACUGAUUUACUAUCAUAUUAUCGAGUGGCACCAGCCGGAUAGGGUGAUGGCGCAGUUUGGUUUGCUUCAGCCUAUACCUGAGCCACCUUCCCAGCUCCACAUCCACCACACUGUCCAGUUUCGGGGGAGCUCAAGCUUCCAAAACACAUUUAGCGAGUAUGUCGCGAUUUGGGACUCCAGGGAACUGUAUGUGGUCCAAGGCCCGUUGCUGGACCAUCCGCCCCACUUCCAUUCAGAGUACAUGGAGUGGUACAGACGCAUCAGUAGGAGAUGGAUUACCCAUCACGGAGCAGAGACUGGAUCAGCUCGUGAUGCCAUGGAGAGGAUUCGCUUACAGUCAGAGGCAGGGUCAAGUAUUGGUACUUACGCUCGUAGUUACCAGUUAGGCACCAUGGAGGACCGGAGGGACACACAGUGGCCACCCCCAGAGCCUGCUGUUCUGCCACAGCCCUUGCCUCAUAUAGAUCCCCCGACGGUCGACGUACAGCGUAUACGAGGUCGUCGUCGGGAUAGAGCCAGACCUCACGAGGCGACGCGCGAGAUGGCAGAGAACCCUAUGCCACCCCCAGUCGACUUUCACGGAGAUACUGAGGAUUUCGUCCGACAGUAUUACGGGUCUACGACGUAUUAUGGGAGUACCUCAGCGCAGACACAGUGCCCACCAGCUGCAUCAUUUUCGGUACCACCUACGGACCCUCUCCCGGCACAGCAUGAUUUCUUUGGGGAUACCGAGGACUUCAUUCGCCGCUAUCCAGCUUCGUCUUUUACGGUACCGCCUGCGUCUGUACCCUAUGUAGGCCCGUCAUUUGGGGAGGCAGAGUACAUCACGCCGCUGGCCACUCCUCCUCCACAGUUCUCACAGCAUCCGGCUUCUGCUUUUACCCCGUUCCAGGCGACUCAGACGGCGCAGACACCUCCUCCUCAGACACCUACGUAUUUGCCGACUGUUCCUGUAUUUGACGAUUCUUGGAACUUUAGCUCCCUGACCACUCCUCCCUCACAGCGGUCCCGACUUAUGGAGGGGGGCUACAUUCCGAUGCUGCCAGGUCAAGAUCCGGGCUCCUCUUCUCGCCCGACUCAGAGUCCCUCCCAGAUGCAUUUUUCUCUGGAUGAUCCUUGGAUCAACAGUUUGGUUCAGGACCCACAGCCGUUUUGUGACUUCCAAGGAAUGCAGGCUCCUUCUUUUUCUCUGGGAUUAGGGUUAGACCCCUCCUCACAGGCUCCUGCUCCUGAGGUGGAUGAUGAUGACGAGAUUGAGGAUGUGGCCAGUCCAGUCGCCGAUAGUGGAGAGAGAAGCUCCGGACCAGAUGGAAGACGUUACCGCCGUUUGACUGAUAGUCAGACGAGUCGACGUGUCAACAGGGGUUACGACAUGAGGACACGCUUACGGAGUCCUGAUAGAUCAGACUUUACUGAGUAGUUUUGUUAUUUUUGUACAAUUUUAAAUUUUUGCAUUAUUAAUUUAUUUACGGUUACUUUUAA